AUGGAAAGGCUUAAGAAGAUCGCGAAAAAGAACUCAGGCGUUGCCCAAGGUCAAACCGACGUUGGAGCCACGCAAUGGUAUAACAAGGACUUGAUUCCUGCAGCACAGGAGUUGCGCACAUGGAAGCUUCACACCUACGUUUUCUUCUGGUGGGCGUCUUCCUUCAACCAGGCAGAAUGGUCCAUAGGCUCUUCACUCAUCGCUAUCGGCCUUACAUUCCGCCAAUCCAUGAUCUCGGUCUGCAUUGGUGCUAUUCUCUGCUCCAUAUCUAUGGUUAUCACCGCUCGGCCAGGCGCUAAGCUACAUAUUGGCUACCCACCUCUGCUACGCUCUUCUUUCGGAAUGUGGGGCUCCAAGAUCUUCGUCAUGCUUCGUGGAGCAGUCGCGAUCAUCUGGUUUGGCAUACAGACCUAUUUUGCAAGCACCUUGCUGGCUGUCACAUUUCGCUGCAUUUUUGGUCAUCAAUGGACACAAAUACCAAAUGACCUUCCCGAAAGCGCCGGCAUCACAACUCAAGGCAUGGUGGCCUUCUUUGUCUGCUGGUUACUUCAAGGCCCUCUCAUUCUUAUACACCCAUCACGCAUUCAUUGGUUGUGGCCGCUAAAAGGCAUCAUCAUCCCUCCUGCAGUCAUCGGAUUCUUUAUCUGGUCUGUCACUCGUGCUGGCGCUGAUUGGGGAAUGUUCAACACCAAUCUCACAGUAGAAGCAGCUCAUGGCUCUACUCUCGGUUGGGCGGUUAUGAGCGGUAUCAACAGCGUCAUGGGCACACUUUCACCCAUGAUCCUCAAUCAGCCUGACAUCGCCAGGUAUGCGCGAAAACCUUAUGAUGCCGGCUGGCCGCAAGGGGUCUCUAUGCUCGUAAUCAAGACCAUGAUAUUUUUCAUGUCGAUAUCCACGGCUUGCUCGCUCCAGGUUCUCUAUGGCAAAGCUUACUGGAAUAUGUGGGAUCAGCUCAAUGCGGUCCUCGAUGCCAACUGGAACACAACUGCCCGUGUGGGUUGCUUCUUUGUUUCGCUUUCCAUGUGUCUAGGAACCAUUGGGACGAAUCUCUCAGCCAACUCAAUACCAUUCGGUGCUGACAUGACGGGUAUACUCCCAAACUACAUUACCAUUGUCCGUGGUCAGGUCGUUGUGUGGAUUCUUGGAUUUGCAAUCGUUCCAUGGAAGUUUUUAACGAGCGCUGCCAAGUUUAUCACUUUCCUUGGCUCGUACACAGUCCUCAUGGGCUCGGUAUUGGGUCCAUUGUGGGCUGACUAUUACAUCUUGAGACGAGGGAACAUCCAUGUUCCAUCAUUAUUUCAUCCCACAGUAGGCUCAACCUACUGGUUCCUCGGUGGCUUCAAUUGCCGUGCUAUCUUGGCAUGGUGUGUCGGAACUGGAUUGACAGUGUCCGGAAUUGUCAAUGGCUACGGUCCUGGCGUUGUUGGUCCUGCAGCAGUCAAUCUCUAUAGUUUGGGAUGGCUGCUUUCCGUCCUCUCGUCGGGCAUCACAUAUCUCGUCUUGAGCUAUUUGUUCCCAGUACCCAUCACACCAAGUCCAACAGCUCGACUACCUUUUGAAUAUCUCGCCAAUAAGGAAGGAUUUUUUGAUGAAGACUUGCCAUGGGACGUCACAGCCAGCCCAUCGUUGACGAGCGAGGGUAGCAGUGAGCGGAUCUCAGACAAGGAAGACUACGAUUACUAG